AGCCACCCACGUGAGAAUGGAGAGCACGUACCUUCACGGAGGACAUUAUUCUAAGUGGGUCAAUGUUUUGUGAGUUUGCUUUUCCACCUGCAAUCCAGAAGUCAGCCUCCUGAAUAAUGGCCCGUGUCUUCGUAUAUGGAACUCUGAAGAGGGGGCAACCGAAUCACUUCCGCAUGUUGGACAAGAGCAUUGGAGAGGCACAUUUGCUUGCCUCUGCCGUCACAACAGAGAAGUUUCCUCUAGUGAUCGCUGGCGAAUACAACAUUCCCUUUCUCCUCAACCUUCCAAGUCUGGGUCACAGGGUUCACGGCGAGAUCUACAGAGUGGAUGAGCAAUUGCUGAAUUUCCUGGAUGACUUUGAAGACACACCUACCAUGUAUCAGCGGACUCUGGUGAAGCUUACAGUGGAAGAGUGGCUGGGGCAGGUCAAAGACGAGGAGAGGUCCGCAGCAGGGGACGUCACCGAGGCCUUUGUGUACAGCACGACCACAUAUCGGCCGGAAUGGGUCUCACUGCCUCACUAUGAGAGCUAUGACUCCUGUGGUUCUCAUGGGCUUGAAUAUGUACGAUACCGUGAAACCUGACAGAUGCCGUUUGAUCCAUCAUGGUACGGGGUGCUCUAUUACAAUGUUUUCUAACUUUUAAUUAAGCCAAGAUGCAUAUUUUUUCAUUAGAAUUCUUGCAGGCCACAACCAUAAAAAAUUCUCUAAAAUGAUCUGGUCUCAACUUACUAACUACAUGCACCUUGUGAAAUCACUGCCUAGUCAGUUGAACACAAAGCUGCUACACUACUUGCGGGUAGGCCUGCAACUAAAGAUUAAUUAAAAAGAUUAACAUGUAAACUAUUUGUGUGGGGGGUAUUGAUAAAUCAGGUAGAAAAAUUAUUUACAUUCCUUGAUUCAAAAAAUUGGCUAUUUUAAACUGAAAAAGCAGAAAAUGUUAAAAAAAACAAACAUGAUUCUGAUUUAGUUUUGUUCUGUAGCACAUUAGAAAAUAGGCAAAAAUGUUAAUACUCAUUCUCUGAAUGUUAAAAAAAAAGAUUUUAAAAAUUCUUACUUUCAUUUAACAAAGCUGAUAAGUUUUCCUGAAUAGAGGAUAGAAAUUUGGGACAAUUUCAACAACUUAAGUAGUCAUAAGUUAGUAACUCUCCUGAAUAGAAGAAGAAGCAACAGCGAUAUCUACAGGGGCUGCUUUGAUACAUCUGGCCCAGAGUAUUUUGAAUAUGUGAAGUGUCCAAUGAAAUUUAAAGACUAAGUGUUCAAAGUGUUCCAAAGAGAAAUGUGCCGUUCUGUGUCAGAAAGCUCAUUUGCAGGUCAUGGAACAGGAUUUAUAACAUCUUGAAAACACCCCAAAAAGGCAAAACAUUGCACUGUUCUCAAGUAGCCCUAGUCUAUAUCCUGUUGAACAUCAAUGGAAGGCGUGGAAACAUGAUGAGAAUUUUGGGGAAACCCUUCAAAACUGAGACAACUGCCUAUUUUGUACCAUGUUGUGCUGAAAUCUGAAAUGUAAUGUUGUGCUCAGUCAGUCAUCAGUCCAAAUGGGUAAGAAAAAGCAUAUCUGGACCAAAAAAAACAUGACUUAAAAAAAAAAAAAAAAUAGCCCAAAAUACCUGCUGAAAGGUGUCCAAGUCUCAAGUAAAAAGCUCAUUUGUGACUGUGAUUGUCUUGAAAGGGUACCAUCAUUCUUGUCAAGGCCUAAUUUUCUUGAGUUUGUUUUUAAAGGAUAUUUCCAUUGAAAUGCAAAAACAUUGUCUGAUUUCUACUCAUGCGUCUUUUUUUAUUUUAUUUAUUUUUUAACAAAUGUUCUGACCGCAAAAUACUCGAAUAAUUUCUCUUGAAUUCCAACAGAUUGUCAUCUUUAUUUAGAAUGGAAAACUGCCAGGGCUGUAGAAAAGAACAUCUUUUGGUAGGUUGGUUGUUGGGAUGAAUGAGAUAACAGUAAAAAUUAAAAUAUCAAGAAAAAACGUUUCACAGUGAAUCAAAGUACUGUACAAAAGGUCUCUGUGAAACUAGGGGAAAUAAUGGGUUCUGUUUGAAAGUGGCACUGCAUUGUAUAUAAAUUUUCAUGAAAUCCAAUUCUAAUAAAAAAUGCUUAUGAACGAGUAUGUACAUUUUUAUCUUGAAUGUGCGCAUGAAAUGAUUUCAGAUGGGGACAAUGCAAACACUGAUGUCAAACGGUUGAGUUUUUUUGCUCGGAAUGUGAAUGUGUGAGCAACACUUGCUAGGAGGAAGAAGGUAAAUGCCAUCGUGAAUACAAAAAAGCUGUGCAGAAAGUUACUUAAGGUGGUGAAGAACCUCAGGUGUAUGUACGUUGGAUAGUUGGCGGAAAGAGAUUAUUAGCUGAUAAUAUUUGUGCAAAGUGGCAUGAUUUGGUCUGAAUUAAAAGUCAUUCAGGUUGAAAUGCAACCAAGAGUCCAAAACUUCAUCCAUUUAUGGUUUCAAUCAAUAAUUGUCUUUCCUGGUGCUUGGCAGGGAGCGGCUGGCUGAGCAGGUGGCACUGCGGAUAACCUCCAUCCACCUGGUAAAAUGCAGCAAGAUAAUAUUAGACGGUUGGCCAAGUGUGUACAGAAGAUUAACUUAAGUAGACCUUCAAACAACACUGCAUUUGAAGUUAAUCACGAAUCCUAUCUGAAAUCCCAAUAGCCAUACAUGUGCUACAGUGUAUCGCAAAAGUGAGUACACCCCUCGUAUUUCUGCAGAUAUAUCUUUUUAUGGGACGACACUAACUAAAUGACACUUUGACACAAUGAAAGUAGUCUGUGUGCAGGUUAUACAAUAGAUUUAAUUUAUUUUCCCCUCAAAAUAACUCAAAAUAUAGCCAUUAAUAUCUAAACCCCUGGCAACAAAAGUGAGUAGACCCCUUAGUGAAAGUUGUCAAUAUUAACAUACAACUGGUCAACUGUCAAUAUUUUGUGUUGCCACCACUAUUAUCCAGAACUG